ACCCUAAUUUGCAACGCUCUGUCUCGGAGAAGGUUUGUACUCGAGCACUAAACCCUGAACCCUAAUUUUCUUGAGACUCCAGAGACAAAAAUUUUGACCCGAGGAGACGAGAUCAGCACACUAAGAUCGGCGGAUUUCACGUUCUUUUUUGUUGCGUGCGUGUGCUUGUUGCGGGCGGGAGUUUGCAACAUGAAGUUAGACGUGAAUGCGCUGCGCUACCUCACCAAAGAUGAGUUCCGUGUUCUUACAGCCGUGGAGAUGGGCAUGAAGAAUCAUGAGAUUGUGCCCGCGGAGCUCGUGGAUCGUAUUGCUGGCCUCAAGCAUGGGGGAGCUUAUAAGAACAUGAAGACACUUCUGAGACAUAAACUCACCCAUCAUGAUUCUUCCAAGUAUGACGGGUUCCGAUUGACGAAUUUAGGGUAUGAUUAUCUAGCCAUAAGGACUAUGGUUAGUCGAGGGCUGAUAUCUGGUGUGGGGCGUCAAAUUGGAGUUGGCAAGGAAUCAGACAUAUUUGAGGUGGUGACACCAGAAGGAGAAACUAUGGCCUUGAAGUUGCACAGGUUGGGUCGUACAUCCUUCCGGGCUGUUAAGUCAAAGCGAGAUUACUUGAAACAUCGCAAUAGCUAUAGUUGGCUGUAUCUGUCGAGACUGGCGGCUCUCAAGGAGUAUGCUUUCAUGAAGGCACUAGGAGAACAUGGAUUCCCUGUUCCUAGGGCUGUAGAUUGGAAUCGACAUUGUGUACUCAUGACCCUUGUCAAGGGUUAUCCUAUGGUGCAAGUGAAGAAUCUCUCAGACCCUGCGAAAGCAUUUGACACAGUAUUAGGGCUCAUCACUCGGCUGGCACAACAUGGUCUAAUACAUUGUGAUUUCAACGAGUUCAAUCUCAUGAUUGAUGACGAGGAGAAUAUUACCAUGAUUGAUUUUCCUCAAAUGGUCUCUAUUACUCAUCGCAAUGCUGAAAUGUACUUUGAUAGAGAUGUCGAAUGUAUUUUCAAAUUUUUUGGAAAGAGGUUUAACUAUUCUCCACCAGGGAUCAAAAUGUUAAAAGGACCAUCAGAUGCUGAGAAUUUGGAUGACGAUGAAGAAGAGGGUGACGGACGCCCCGACUUUGAGACAGUGGCUGGUGGUGAAGAAUCCUUGGACAAAGUUCUUGAAGCAAGUGGAUUUACCCGUAAAGAUCAAGAGACUUUGGAACAGUUUAUUGAGAACGCUGAGGGCGAAGAAGACCUUUCAGAAGAGGAAGAAGAGGAAGAAGAGGAAGAAAAGGAAGAUGAUUCUGAAAACCUGCAGGCAGAAAAUGUUGACAAUAUUUCUAACGCUGGAGGGUCGUUCCAGAAGCUCACGGUUGAUGAUAGAUUAGAUGAAGAGAUUGAUUCCUCAAGAGACCCCCAGUCUUUGCCAGUCGUGAGUGAAGAAAACGCAGCAACUAAGCCAUGCUUUUCUUUACAGGACGAAGGCGAUGAAUCAGAAUCAGGUGAGGAGGAAGAUCCGAAAUUGCAGAAAAGACUCGAGAAAACCAGAAAUCGAGCCGCAUCUCAUGUCAAAGGAGGUGGAAGGUCGCGAAAUUCGCGAAAUGCCUCCAAAGACAAAGGCGGUCGGAGAUCAAGACACGUCAGUACAUCUAGUGGAUACGAGUUUUGAGUUUUUGGCUGUGAAUCCUACCCUAGUAUAGUGUAAGCAGUAGCCUGUAAUUGGGAGUAAAAUAACCUUUCUCUGGCAAGAAAUGUAGUUGCACUGAGUUUGGAUUAGAGAAUGCUCAUCAGGAAGAAAAUGAAGCUCUCUAGGAUUCUUACACAGAACUAUGGGUUAUCCCUUUUGACUGGGUUUUCAAAGCUUUGUAUCAUUGCCUGGUAUUGGUACCUUUACAGUGAUGUCUUUCACAUGCACAAAUAAGCAAACACUUGGACAUUCAGAAUAAGAUGCGGUUUGAAACCCAUCCCAAUUCUUGCGUUGCCAUCAA